UAUUAUCAGCAAAUAUUGGACGGACAUGUCUAAGGGUUAAAUUAAAUUUCGAAAAAAAUCUGCUAUAUAAAACAUCGAUCAGAACGGACUUAAUCAGUCAACUGGUCAUUUUGUUUCCAAAAGGUUGUUCGUAUUUUUUCAUAAAACAAAAAUGAAAGUAUUUUUGGCAGUUUUAGCUUUAGUGGCCUGUGUUUCGGCCGAAGAAUGGACGGUUAAAACUGGCGCACAGCUUAAGGAAAUUCGCAAUGAAUGCUUAAAAGAACAUCCUCUUACCACUGAACAAAUGAACAAAAUGUCAAAUUUCGAAUUCCCCAAUGAGUAAGGUGUUCGCCAAUAUCUUCUCUGUUCCGCCGUGAAAAUGGGCAUCUACUGUACUCACAUGGGCUAUCAUACCGAUCGUAUUGCUAAACAAUUUAAAAUGGACUUGGAUGAGGAAGAAGUGAAGAAAUUGGCCGAUGAUUGUGUAGCCAAAAACCCCAGGGGCGAUAAACCCCACGAUGUUGUCGCUUUUGAAAAUCAUACUUGUUUUAUGAGCACUGUCGUUGGCGAUAAAAUCAAGGACUAUUUGAAGAAACGUCAUGAAAGUGCUUAAAAUUAUUAGAAAAAAAUUAUGUAGAAAUAAAAAAUUUAAAAAUUAAUAAACGUA